GAACCUCUCGCUUCCGGUGAUUCCUCCUUUUCGGCAGCGGCUAUUUACUCGCCAACAUGCCACUCGCAAAAGACUUGUUGCACCCAUCCCCUGAGGAGGAGAAGAGGAGGCACAAGAAGAAGCGUCUCGUCCAGAGUCCCAACUCCUACUUUAUGGAUGUCAAAUGUCCAGGAUGCUACAAGAUCACGACGGUGUUCAGCCAUGCUCAGACAGUUGUGCUGUGUGUGGGCUGUUCAACAGUCCUGUGUCAGCCAACUGGAGGCAAAGCACGUCUCACAGAGGGGUGCUCAUUCAGGAGGAAGCAGCACUAACUGUUCUCCCUGAAGCUGGAGGGGAGAGGAUGGGAUGGACCGGUUGAUAUUAGCGUCUCCUGCCUCCGGGACGAUUGCGACGGCGGAACCUGUGGUCCCGACUUGAAACAAGAAGAAGAAGACAGGGGACGCGUUUCCACUGCUCAUGUUGACCAAUUGGUUGUUGCUGUAACUCCACCCUCCAACCCCGUCUCUCUUAAUAAAAUGUUGUUUUGGCUAAAUCAA